CUAAAAUUCUGUGUCCUAUAUUAGCAACAUUUAUGAUGCAACUCUUAAUUGUACUUCUCAAGUUUUUUGGAAAAGGUAGUGAGCUGACAAAGCCACCAUUCUUGUUCUUUCUGCUGCAUCUUCCCUUUUACUUUUUGAGAGCAAUGAUCUGGGUGGGAUAGAAACCAGACUGUGUUGGAUUAUUGUUGGAAAAGAAGGCAGGAAGGAAAAAUGCUUUUUCCUUCUUUGUUUUGGAUGAAGGAGCAGAGGAAGGGUAGGAGAAAGGCUUAGUCUGGUCCCGUUCCCACUGCUUUUAUUUUAGGAAGUUGAGAGGCAACAGAUAAAAAAUUCCAAUCUGAGCACAGACUUAUGCCAUCCAUAGCACACUGUCUUAUCUCAUUGGUGAGGUCAUCUGUCAUGGUGGGGAGCUGCUAAUCCAGCCAAUGGCUGCCACCAGAACAGCACAGACUGCAAUGUCAUCUGUGCUGGGUGUUACCAUAGCAUGGGAGAGAAUUUAGGAAGAGGAAGGAAAAAAAAAUGUCAGUAGCUUGGCGUUACAGUUUAAAACAUACCCGCUCAAAUGCUAUCUUGUAAUCAUAUGAGUGUUCAUAUGUGUCAUAUGUCAAGGAGGUGUUUUUACAUCAUUUCCAAAUGAUGAGAAAGUCUGCAUAUACUACAUCAGUAAAGAGAAAAGGGAAGAUGAAGUGUCUGCGGAGAAACAGUGAGUGAGAAAACUAAGACUGCUGGAUGUGUUGCUGUGUGUCAUCAGGCAGCUCAUGCUUCAGUUUGCUUAUGUGUAAGGAAAAUCUUAAUUCUAAUUUUUAGAGAUUUUUGUCUCUUUAACUGGAGAGAAAACAAAUGUAUGACAGGAUUUAAAAUAUGCCCUUUACUGUUCAGAAAUUUGAGAAGCAAAUUUUAUUUAAAUGAGAGAAAAAUAGGGCAUGUUUCUGUAAUGAGCAUGCAAACUUGACCGAUUAGAAAUUUCUGUGAAUAGUGUCCAGUUUCUGUUUGAGAGUGGCCUCAUGAUAGUACUUUAAAAGCACAAAACAGGCAUUCUCUUUACCUUAGAGCAUGGGACUCGCCGUUGUGGCCAGUGGCUCUCUGUUUUACUCUGCCAGUUCUUCAAUACAGGUUUCCCUGCCUGUGCUCACUUCAGUUAACAGAAGGGUUGAUACAUAGUCUCUCAUGAAUAUUAAACAGUCUGUCAGUUGGAUUUAAAGUAAAGGAAGAACAACUUCUUGCGUCAGUUCUAAUUUUCUAUUUAUGUAAUGCUGUAAAAUACAGAGCAAAUAGGAGGAGUUCUUUGCUUGCUUUUUUUCCCUGCCUUAGACAAACAGCAUCAUCAGCUUGCUUAUUGAGAUAAGGUAUUCUAUUGGGUGAUUAAUUUACCAGCUGAACAGACUUAACUAUGUUUAACAAAACAACAACAACAACAACAAAAAGAAGUCUCGUAUCUAUGACUACAAAAAAAUCUUUCCUAUAAGGAGAAAAAAAAAAUAGUUUAAGUGACUUUUCAGUUUCUUUAGGAGAUGAAAAUUAAGUUUUUGUAAUUUUUCACUUAUUCUUAGGAAGGUCUAUUUUUAACAUAAAAAAUCCCUAUUAUGUUUUGCUUACUUUUCUGAAGUCCUCAGUGUGUACAGUUUUUACUGUAAUGAUCCACAGAUCUGUUUUUUACAUUUGCAUACAUGACAGUAAAUAUAGAUCAGUACAGAAGAUGUUUGACCAGCUCAGAAAUGUAAAACUCAAAGUAGUUUCGCAUCCAUAUUUGAGGAUGGAUAAAUGAAAUGACCAGUGAUUCAAAGUUCCAGAGUAUAUCAAACAAUUCAGUAUAGAAAGGCAUUUUGUGAUACGCGAGCAAAAAAUCUACACCUUGCUUUUGUAUUCUGAAGGAAUGUGAUUAUCUAUUUGACAUGCACUGAGUUACUAAAACUAUAAUUUCAAAGGUCUUUUGAUUUCCUAUUGCAUAAUCUGAUAUGCAUCAUUUCUAUAUCUUGCAAAGCCAGACCUAUUUUAAGAAUGUUAAGAAUUUUUUAAAAGGGAAAGGUUUGCUCAAGUAAUAUUUUGUUGGUUUGGGGCGGUUUUAUGUGGUUUUGCUACAUUUGUUUGAUAUCAUUAAUCUUUUCAGAUGUUUGAUAUUACUGAAUGAUGGAAUAUAUAAAAAGCAUGGGGUAAAAUGUAAUCUACUGUAUUAUUAGAAAAAAAUUAAAGUAGAGGCUAUAUUUUACAGUGUCGUCUUUCAAAUCUAGCCAUGCUGUAAACUGAUGUUUGCUGUAUGCUCCUCCUGAUUUGAAAUAGAUGAAAGAGAAUGAACCUUUAAUCACCAUGGUUCACACUAUGAUUGAGAACUCGGCGCUAAGACCGCAACUGUACCAGCAAUUAACACAAGAAGAAUGUAGGGGUACACUAUACAAAUAUAGAACUGAAGAGCUGGAUAUUGAUGCUAAGCUUAGCCGUUUAUGUGAACAAGAUAAAGUUGUACAAGCACUGGAAGAGAAGCUUCAACAACUACACAAGGAGAAAUACACGCUUGAGCAAGCUUUGCUAUCAGCAAGUCAGGAGAUAGAAAUGAAUGCAGAUAAUCCAGCAGCCAUACAAAAUGUAGUCUUACAGAGAGAUGACUUACAGAAUGGACUACUUGGCACUUGUCGAGAAGUAUCGCGAGCUACUGCAGAACUGGAAAGAGCUUGGAGAGAAUAUGAUAAACUAGAAUAUGAUGUAACAGCAACAAGGAACCAUAUGCAGGAGCAACUUGAUCGGCUUGGAGAAAUUCAGACUGAGUCGGCUGGGAUACAGCGUGCUCAGAUUCAGAAGGAACUGUGGAGAAUUCAAGAUGUCAUGGAAGGUUUAAGUAAACAUAAACAGCAAAGAAGCUCUUCAGAUGCAGGCAUCAUGGGAUCAAGGACAUUUUCUGCUAUUAAAUAUAAAAAUGAGUGUGACAUCGUCCCUUUCAUACAAAAAUCUAUAGCUGGUGUAGCUAUGGAAGAGGAAGUAGUCCCACCUCGUCCUCCACUCCCUCGGUCCUAUGACUUUACAGAGCAUCCUCCCAUAAUCCCCCCUCUGCCCAGUGAUAGCAGCUCCUUGCUCUGUUAUAGCAGGGGCCCAGUACAUCUGCCAGAAGAAAAGAAGAUUCACCAAGUUCAAGGAUAUCAGAGAAAUGGAUCUCACUGUGGUCCUGAUUAUAGGCUUUAUAAGAGUGAACCAGAGUUAACUACAGUAGCUGAAGUGGAUGAAUCUAAUGGUGAAGAAAAAACAGAACAAAUGUUAGAAUCAGAAUCUGCAGCUAAAGGCUCGCAUUUCCCAGUGGGAGUUGUACCACCCAGAACCAAAUCACCAACCCCAGAAUCCUCAACAAUAGCAUCCUAUGUCACUUUAAGGAAGAAUAAGAAGAUAGAUCUAAGAACGGAAAGACCAAGAAGUGCAGUGGAGCAGUUGUGUCUUGCAGAAAGCACACGACCUCGAAUGACUGUGGAGGAACAGAUGGAAAGAAUAAAAAGACACCAACAAGCUUGCCUGAGAGAGAAGAGGAAAGGACUAAAUAUUAUUGGUGUUUCAGACCAGUCACCUUCACAGAGUCUGUCUUUUGUCAGAGAUAAUCCAUUCAAAUCGGCACAGGUUGGUCCAAGUUCUUAAAAGCAGUUAAAAAAA